AUUACUAGUGCCUUCUCCUCCCGCCAAUUGGUCAACUGUCUGUCUUAACUUCCCAAGGGACUCAGAGCAUAAACUGUUCACCAAAUUCCAAUUUCAAUCAAAUAGCAAAGUUCUUUCAAUUGACAUCCUCCAAAAGAAAAAAAAAAUUAGAAAAACCAAAAUUCAGAUUUCGAACAUGGGUUUUAAGAACACUCUCAGAUUUUUAGCGUUCUUGUGCUUUCGUAUGUGUUUCUUUGUUUCGAUCGAUGCUCAGGUUCCAAUUCCACCAAAGCUAGAUGGGUUCUGGUACGAGAACCGACCGUCGGAGGCUGACUCGAUAUUCAUCGAGGCGUUUUUUGACCCAGUUUGCCCCGACAGCAGGGAUUCAUGGCCGGGUCUUAAACAAGCCCUCCACCACUAUGGCUCUCGCGUUACACUCCUUGUCCACACCUUCCCUUUACCUUACCAUGACAAUGCUUUUGUUUCCUCCCGUGCAUUGCAUAUAGUCAACAAGUUAAAUUCUUCAGCCACCUACGAUUUAUUGGAGGCGUUUUUCCAGCACCAGGUGAGAUUGAUUUUUUCUUCACCUCUUCUAUGUGGUUUAGGCAUGGCUACUUCUUUGCUUUUUUCUGUGGCUACUUUGCUUUUUCUUGCUUUGGUUGGCUCUCUCUGGCAUCUGGAAUUUGAUCUAUUUGCACUGUAA